AGCUGCGCCAAGAACUUCAUGAAGACGGACAACAUGUGCAAGGCAGAAGGCUCAGAGCACCAAAUCCUCUACAUCGCGGACGACAACAAGAUCCGGAGCAUGUAUCCCUUCAACCCCAACUCAGCCUACGAGCCAGCCUUCCAGGGCGAUGAGAACGUGCGCAUCGACGCCAUGGACAUCUACGUUAAGGGCAACAAGAUCUACUGGACCAACUGGCACACGGGCAGGAUCUCGUACCGGGAGCUGCCUGCAUCUUCUGCUGCCUCCACUGCCUCCAACCGCAACCGGCGCCAGAUCGACGGCGGCGUCACCCACCUGAACAUCUCAGGGCUGAAGAUGCCGCGGGGCAUCGCCAUCGACUGGGUUGCUGGAAACAUCUACUGGACAGACUCGGGGCGAGAUGUCAUUGAGGUGGCGCAGAUGAAAGGAGAGAAUCGCAAGACGCUGAUCUCGGGCAUGAUUGAUGAGCCCCACGCCAUCGUAGUCGACCCGCUUAGGGGAACUAUGUACUGGUCAGACUGGGGCAACCACCCCAAGAUUGAGACAGCCGCAAUGGACGGGACGCUGCGUGAGACCCUGGUGCAGGACAACAUCCAGUGGCCAACAG